AUGGCAAUGGAAAUGGAGCGUCAAACCGCAAACCCAGACCCCCCUCUCUACGAAGACAUCGAAAGCACGUGUUCCACUCCUUACGUCAGCGCACCUUCCAGUCCCGGCCGGGGACCCAUCGCCGGCGGCUUCUUCUACAGCGCUCCUGCCAGCCCAAUGCACUUCGCCAUAACCGCCGCUUCCACUUACUCUUCUUCAUUCGACAACGCCUCUUCUUCCGAGUUUGAAUUCUCGGCCCGGUUCAACUCCACCGGGUUCGGCGCUUCCGGUUUGAUGAGUUCCGCCGACGAGUUGUUCUUGAACGGUCAGAUCCGGCCCAUGAAGCUAUCGACCCACUUGGAAGUGCUGGAUCAAGAGGAGGUUGAGGUUGAGGUUGUUGAGUCGCAUGUACGAGGUAGAGAUCUAAGGUUGCGUGACAAGUCGCAGCGCAGAAGAACCAGAUCUCUUUCUCCUCUCAGGAAAACACCUUUGGAGUGGACAGAGAACGAGGAUGUUACGAAUAACGAUAAAACUAACAAGAAGGAAAACGAAGAUGGAGAUGGGACAACAACCUCGUCGUCUUCUGCUGGAAGGAGUUCGAAGAGGUGGGUUUUCUUGAAGGAUUUUCUGAGGAGCAAAAGCGAGGGAAGCAGUAACAACAAGUUCUGGUCCACCAUUUCCUUCUCACCCAUCAAGGAUAAGAAAGGAGGGAACCAAAAUCACGGAAAUGGGUCUUCCCGGAGCCAAAAAUCCAAACCAAAUUCUCAAGCUUUCUCUAAGAAGGUGACCGGAAAACCCAGUAACGGCGUGGGAAAGAGGCGCGUGCCACCAUCGCCGCACGAGUUGCAUUAUAAAGCGAACAGAGCGCAAGCGGAGGAGUUAAGAAAGAAGACAUAUUUGCCUUAUAAACAGGGCUUACUUGGCUGCUUGGGAUUUAGUUCCAAAGGUUAUGGUGCUAUCAGUGGCUUCGCUAGAGCCUUAAACCCUGUCUCUUCCAGGUAA